UGUUGAAUCCAAGUCAGGACGAAUGCACACACACAUACACACAAGCACGCUACACACUUUUGCCCCUUCUCACCCUGCUGAGCUCCCACCCUCUGACACAGCAUUCCAGCCUGAGCAGAUGAAAGCCAGCCACCCUCUGUCUCCUCAUGGGUGGAGUGACGGAAAGCAGUGAGAUACCUAUUGAUACUCACAGAGUGUGAGGAACUGAAGAAGGGGAGAGCAGCAUAUACACCACCACACAGGCACACAGCAGGCUGUGAGCUGAGAGCAGGAAUGGUAGCUGAGGAGAUUGUGGUGUCUCUCUCAGGAGGAGCCCCGUGGGGUUUCAGACUCCAGGGAGGAGCUGAGCAGCAAAAACCUCUACAGGUGGCCAAGGUACGCAAGCGUAGCAAAGCAUGCCGAGCCGGACUGAAGGAACAGGAUGAGCUGGUGUCCAUUGGUGAUCAAGCCUGUGCAGAGCUCAGUCAUGCUGAGGCCAUGAGCCUCAUAGAUAAACAGAGCAACGCACUAAUGCUCAGAGUCAAAAGGGGCCCUUCUGGCUUGCAGUGCUCAUCUUACUCUGGUCGCUCUGCAUCCCCUCGCUCCUCCAUGAGGGUCCUGUCUCCUCCUGCAGACUCCAACAGCUUCUCCAUCCUCUCCUCUGUCGAGAUACCCCAGGGUAUUACCUCCCCUCCAGACAGCGAGGCUUAUUAUGGAGAAACAGACAGUGAUGCAGACACAAACUCGCGCGCACACCGCCGGCAUCGUCGCACACCUCCUCAUGCACGCUCACCUUUACGCUAUGACAGGCAAGAAGAGGAGGAGACCUCAGAGAUGAGUGGCUAUGAGAGUGCUACAGAUGCAGGCGUUACCUCGCAGGCGAUGUGGGAUGGUCAGUGCACUGCUGGUGUUCCUCGCAGAGAGCUCAUCUAUCAGCCUCGCCAGACAGAGUGGACCACUCCUACACACACACCCCACUCGCUGACUCCUCACAUGAUCACCCCGACUCCCGAUCAGGGGUUGGUGGAAGCAGAAGAAGAAGGGGACAGUGGCUUCCAGGAGGCUGGUGGCUGCAAUGGGCUUGCCUGCCCGCCCCUAGUGUCUCCAGAAAGGGCGAAAGAGGCUCUAAUGUUAGUGUCUGGGAAACAUCUGGUGCCUAUGGUGGGACCACAGCAGAUGCCUGUAAGUGAUGAACUCUCCACCACCUACAUGGACAAAGCACGGCAAGCCACAGCAUAUCUCCACUGUUCAGAUGUAGGUGGACAGACAGUCCCACGGACUGUGUAUGCAGAGUUACAGCGCGGGGAGAGUUUGGUGGAAAAACAGGUGAAGGAAGCUCGUACUAAAUGCCGCUCUAUUGCAUCUCUGCUCACUGAUGCUCCCAACCCCAACUCGAAAGGGGUGCUUAUGUUCAAGAAACGCCGACAGAGAGCCAAAAAGUACACACUCACCUGCUUUGGCAAAGCUGAGGGAGAUAGAGGAGGGGACACAGAAGGGGAGACAGGAGGAGAGACUGAGGAAGAAGGAGGAAGUUCCAUUCUAAGUGGCUCAGAAUUUGAGGAAGAGGGAUUCUCGGAAUCAUUUGACCCUACGUGGGACACUGGUUAUCUGGACCUGCUGGACAGAAGGAGCUCUGCCUGCCCAUCGACCACACCGACUUCUCCAACAACCAAUCAGGGUGCAGAACUGGACAUCUCAGCAUAUCAGACCCCAGGACGUGUGACUUCUGCAAAUCUAAGCCCAGGGUUGGAAGGAUCACGACUGGAGAGCUCAGCCUAUCAAGAAUCAAGCCUGGAGAGCAGCCUCACAAAGAAACCAAACAGCAACCACUCCCCUUCACACAUGUCUCCACCAGCUAUGGUUCUGACCAAUGGGGGAUCAGCAGUUGUCAGUCGGGCUAGCGUUGUUCUGAGCAUGCCCUCACAGACACCCCUCCAAAGUCAAAAUGGCAACCCUGAUUCUUCUCCUAAUCAUAGUCCCAACCCAAUCAUAGACUCACACAAUAACUCCAGCUUCACUCCUAACCCUGCAGUUCUGAACCGCACAGCGAGGCCUUUCAACUCUGGCUCCACCCCUUCUCGUGCGUCUGUGACCUCUGUGAUGUUUCGGCCUCCCCAGCCCAAGCCCACGCCCAUAACGAUGGUAUCCAAACCUGUGGCCGCUGUCUCCACAAUGAAUAUCCCAACUUUCCAUCCUCCGUCAGAUGCAAGGAGAGCAGUGUCUAGCACAUCUUUGUAUAUCCCUCCAAGAAAUAGCACCAGCAACACUUCACCCUCUGUUACCUCUCCCCCGCCAGCCCUCUCACCUCCCUCCUCCCUGUCUUCUGCAUCUUUCGCUCAGCCUCCUGCACACACAUUUUCUCCACAGCCUACAGUGCAUGCUUCCCCUCCCACCCCAUUUGCUCCCUCUGCAGGUUCUCUGCCAUGUGCCUCACCGGCUCAAACCCUCUCCCCUCCAGCUCCACCGUCAUACCUCUCUCCCCCUGCUUCUGCUAAUCAACCCCCCUCCAACUGCUUUUCAGCUCCUCCCAUCUCCCCACCUCACCCCCACGAUUUUAAUCAGACCUCUUUCCAUGCCCAAUACACCCCCCCACCACCUCCUCCUCCUACUGCACCCCAGCCUCCUCCUUCUCCAUCUUUCCAUACCUACAAUAACUUGACAGAUGCUACAUCACCUGCCCAGGCUCCUGUCAAUGAUUCCCUGGUGACACGUGAGCAACGCAUCUCAGUCCCAGCGGCUCGCACUGGCAUCCUGCAAGAUGCCCGUCGUCGUAGCAACAAGAAGCCAAUGUUCAGCUCAGUCCAGAACAGAGAUGUCUCCCCAAACCCGGACUUGCUGUCGAUGGUCCAAAAUAUGGAUGACCGCUUUGAGAGAACCCCGGCUGGUGAAUCUGGAGUUACACCUAGUGGGGAGGCUGGGCAUGAAUCAGGCCCUGAAGAGGACUGGCUGAGGCUGGGGGCAGAGGCCUGCAACUUUAUGCAGGCACAGCGUGGAUCCAGACCACCCCCUGUAGCCCCCAAACCACAGACCCCUCAAGUGCCACAGCUGGCAGGGAAAGGAGGCCAGCUGUUUGCUCGGAGACAGAACAGGAUGGAUCGGUACAUUGUAGAGCGAUCUCCAUCUGUUGCUGCUGCCCCUUACUCUCCUGCUCAGACAAGGGAGCCCUCACCCACACCUUCCCUCCCUGCCACAUGGAAGUACUCAUCCAAUAUCCGUGCUCCACCUCCCAUCAACUACAACCCUCUCCUAUCUCCCUCCUGUCCUCCUAAGGCACAGAAGAAACCCGAGAUCACGAAGUCUAGGGCAGCUGGACCUAAAGGGCAGAAAGCAGGCCUCAAGCCUGUGGACAUCAUGAGCCACCAGCCCUACCAGCUCAACUCUUCUUUGUUCAGCUAUGGAAGUGGAGCUCUCCAAGACACCUCCACCCAGCAGCAGCAUAGAGGACUAACAGGUGGUCCUCAGAAAACAGCACGAGUCUGUGAGGUCAAACGCUUCUCCACACCUCCACCGACAGCCACAGGGCCCACCCUCAAAGUUAUUGCACCUCGAUCAGCUACGACACUUGGGGAACCCCUCCGACGCUCUGAUAUCAUGUCUCCUCCACCCAGUGAAGGUGCCAAACCCUUCCAGGGCUAUUCACCUCCGUGCCAGCCUCAGUGGGCCACCUCCCCGCUGUCUCCCCCACCGCCUCCUGCACCGACCGCCCCACUCCCUCAAUUACCUACCUUCUCCUCUGCUCUUGCUUCACCUCCUACAUUUUCCCAAUCCUCCAGUGCUGCACAGGCUAACAGGCAGUUUAAGAGUGCUCCAAAUCUAAGUCCCCUACAACCUGCUCACCCCCCUCAGUUGGCCUCCAGCAGCACUCAACCCAGCAGGGUCCCCAGGCCUAGGUUCAGCACUUCCAACCUGGGUCUGCAGCCUUGCGUCUGGCGUCCCAGUUCCACCACGCACUGAAAAGAUGCUACACUGGACAAAAUGAAUAAGGGCUCUAUAGGAACACAGAGCAAUAUUUUUUUAAACAUGCGUUUUUAGUGUUGUAAUAUUGUUUUUUAAAUCUGCAGUUAAGGGCUGGUGAUAAAAAUCACAACAUCUGCUUGGGUUGGCCAUGCUUGUAGAAAAUUCGAUCAUUUAAUCACUUUCAUUUAUUCGUCUCAAGUAUUUGGUUAUAUAGUAAUUAAAAGAAACUAUGUUCUGAACGAUAAAAGUAGAGUUGGAAUGUGUGGAAGGUUUAAGAAAUGGAAAUCAACUAAAGGCUAAAAAGGCUGAAAGAAAGAAGCUGGAGUAAACUGCAAUAAGUUCUGUAAAUUAAAACAUAAAAAACUGAAGAAUAGAGGAUGUGUAACGGUAAAACUGUUGUGACAGAAAUGUCAGAUGGGAAAGGAUGAAAAGGAAACACAGGAAGAGCAGAAUGAAGUGACACGAGGAAAAGUUGUCUGACGUGUGUAAAAAGUGCAGCUUUGACACUCUGUAAACAAACCUGUUGCUAUCCUAUUAGAUAUCCUGCUUUACGGACAGGAAGUAGCUACUGUUACUCUCGCUCUGAUAAAUAUAUUCUAAGAAUUUGUGUUCAGUGAGUGUGUUUUUGUAGUUUCACUCUGCAGCAGUGUGCAUGUGUGUGUGUGUGUGUGUGUGCUUUGUUUGCUGUAGUUUUCCAGGGAAAUGCUUUUUACAGUAGAUUUGAUUUCUCAUCAGUUGAUAUGAAACAAGAGAGCGAUAACACGUCUGUUUAGCUUUGAUUCUUUCCCACAGAGACAUGCGGCUGAAUAAAAAUAGACGUGACUCACCUCA